AUGGCGGGCGAAACCAUUUCGCCUUAUAGCUUCGACCAUGUGAUUCUGCUCCUUGAUACGCCGGACUUUGAGAACCCGCCGCCGUGGUUGAGUGACAACUUCACCAUCAUUGAGGGCGGGACCCACGCCGGUGGCUCCUCACGGAACAAACUCAUCAUCUUCCCUGAUGGCACUUACAUCGAGCUAAUAAACUGGAUUACCGAACCCAAAGAGUUCUUUGACUGGGCGUCAAAAUCACCGGGACUAAUUGACUUUGCACUUACAACCCCGUCCUCUGCACACGACACUUUUGACGAAGUUACGAGGCGCUUAGAAUCGAAACCGCAGCCUCCUUCCGAAUCUCAAUCCUCGUCAACGGAGGAGCUCUCAGAAGGUAGUGCCGGCGCGGGUGACGGUGGGCUAGGAGUACGUUUCAGACCUCCGCUCGCCGGCGGUCGCAAGCGAAAAGACGGCCAAGACGUCCAAUGGCACGUCACGAAACCGCUCCUGGACAACUCCGCAGAGAAUGUACCUCAGCCGCUCGAAACAUACUUCCCAACGGGACGACUCGACACGCCGUUCUUCUGCCACGACGUGACGGAUCGGAACCUGAGAGUGCCGUACACCGAGACAGACAUCUCCGAGACGCACCCCUGUGGCGCGCGAGGGAUCGUUUCCGUCGAGGUAUUGGUCCCCGAGGAGAAGAUUGACAGUUACAUACGCCUAUACACCUCGGCUCUGGGCGUGAAACCCAAAGUCCAGGGCGGGUACCGGUACAGACCGACCACGAGCGUGAGCUUUUUGUUGAGUACGCCGAAUCCCGAUGAGGAGGCUAUGAAGCGCCUGAAGGGGAGGGUCGGGGUGGUGAUUCGGGCGCCGAGGGAUCAAGAGGAUGAAGCGUGGUUGAAAGAGAGAGGGGUGGGGAUUAGAGAGGUGAGGCUUUUCGGAGAGGCGAAGGGCGAGGAUGAGGUUGACGAGAUGGCGCUGGAUAGUGAGGGGAUCGGAGCGAGUCUGGUGCUGGUGAAGGAGCCUGUCGGAUUUUGGGAGGCCGAUAGCUAG